AUGGUCGUGUCCCCGUGGGCGUUUGCCCUGUGGUGGUUCCUCUUCCUCGCGCUGCACACGCUAACGCUUGGUUACAACGCGGCCUUCGCCUUCUUUUACUUCAAUUUGCGCGGCACCAUGCUCAACAACUACCUCGAGUUCUUUUGGAUCGGGAUGCCGUCGGCGUACCACCCCACCAUUGCCACCGUCCAUGCAGCCAUGGCCACACUGCACGGGGUAAGCAUGGCUUUGAUGCUGGGAGGCACCAUUUGGUGGAGGACACUGGCGUUUACACCUUGGGGAGGCCCCGCCACACGAACUUCAAUCAACAACGGCAAUUCCCCAGAGGGACCCACCCUUCGGACAUCUAGCCGCCUGUACCGAACUGCCUCCAGUCUAACAAACCAGCUCACCGACCGGUACGGACUGCUCGGCGUCAACGGGAAGCACUUCCAUACGCUCACAACGUGCCGCGAGAUCGUCGAGACUACGCUACAGACGGUUCAAGGGUAUCGAAUGAGCUGGUUCCUGCCGAGCACGCUUCUGAACCAGUUCUUCGCCGUCACGCUGGCACUCAACUGCUGGUCGUCCGCUAUUGUCUACGCGUUGCCUUUCCGUAACGACGAAGCUCGCCGACGCUUUGCGUUGAUCGCCUGUGACUGUGUGCUGGACCUCAUCUCCUGCGUGGGCGUGACGCUCAUUGUUGUGUUGAGGCACGUGGGCCAGUACGACACAAGCAUCACCGGGUUUGAUCGGUUUCAGAUGGUCCUUGUCGUAUCGUGGUCAGACUUGGUCAGUCGGGCGAUCUUCUCGCUGGGCUUGUUCAUGACAACGGCCAGUAUGAAGGAGCUACUGUACCGCCGGACACGAAGUGUAACAGCAGCAUCAUCAACAACAAGACGUUCACGACUGCAUCAAGUAGUGAAUCGUGGGGUACACGCGCUGUUUCUGCUAUGGGGCUGUCUGGUUCUAGCUCUACAUGUACAAGCUUCGUUGCUACCCACACUUCCGCAAUGUUUGCUACAAGUGCGACCGUGGGCUGUCCCAGGCCCGUCGUGCUACCUCGUGAGGCUGGACUGCCACCACCUCAACAUUUCCGGUGAUCGGGGUGAGAUAGAUUCACUAUGGCGUGCCUUCGACGGGUCUAGUGUUGUGAUGAUGCUGAUACGCCACUGCCCCUCGCUCGACGUACCCGAUGUGCUCAAUGAGUUCCAUGAAAUCCGUGGCUUUAAAGUGUACAACUCGACAAUUGUGCAAUGGAGAGAAUCGGCAGCUAUCACCAACACAAACCACCCUAAUUUGGCGUCGGUGUUGCUGCUUCGAGUCAAUAUGAGCGACGGGUUGCUGCCCGCGGGUUUCCAGUCGAGCGAUUUCCCUCGUUUCGUGUACGACUUUGAGAUGUGCGUCACCAAUCUGCGCGAGGUACCCGACGAUUUACACACCAAGUGGAACCCAGGUUCGCAAAUUUUCAUCGAGUACAUUCAGCUUCGCAGCGUACCAACACCGCUACUGCAUCUAGUAGCGGGGUACUUCUCUCUGACGGGUAACCCCAUCAGUGAGCUGCCGCCGGAGCUCUUCGAGACGGAAGGAGUGACCCAUCUAAUGGUUGGCGACACCAGCAUAAGCGAGCUUCCCCACAACUCCAGCGUGAUUCCAUACCCUCCCCCAGUUCUGGCAGGCGGCUCGGCGUACUGUGGAGAUUUGAAGCGGGUUUUAGAUGGCAACGCAACCUCGUUCAGCGCAUCUACUUCUGGUGCCUACUCCGCAGAGGUUAUGGACCCCGCCAAUUUGUUGAACGGUAGGCUCUUCUCGCUUGUGGAUUGCUCGCCAGUUUUUGGUGGUCCGUUGUACCCACUAGCGAUCGAGGACUUGAAUAAUGCCAUCAGGAGCUAG